AUGAUGCGUCGAUGUAAUGGCAGUGGCGGUGCGCAGUUCAAGCCGUUUGUUCUGCCUGUAAAGGCAAAGUCUGGACGUGUUCAGCCACAAGAUAGUGACCAAGAGGCAUUAGAAAACGAACAUGCAAUUAGAAACCACCAGGCGCUUCUCAGUGGCGCGUCGCUGUCCGUCAAGCGUCUUCCGUUCCUGUCAUUUUUAGUAAUGGAACCAGAACGUCGUGCACAGCAGAUACGACGUCCAUUCAAAUCUCCAUGUGGAGAAGGAGGGCGAUCGCAAGAGAGUAAUCGCCUUUUGCAUGUCAAGACACUGGGUAUGCGACGUCGCUGGGGUUCUGCCGUCCUCAAGCCGAUGGUGCGUCACGACCUGCUGCCUGUGGAAGUCGACGUUGAGGACAUUGAAACGCUUGUAGAGCCUGAAUCGAUAGCAAUAGAGGAAGUUGCUACGGCAGUUUCUGUGCCUGAUGCUCCACCGCCUCUUGUGUUGUGGCAGAGCGACAUAGAUCCUGAUGUCAAAGUGGUGGUACCUGAGAUUGUGGGCAAUUUCUUACGACCUCAUCAACGAGAAGGUGUGCAGUUUAUGUUUGAAUGUGUGUGUCAAGUGAGAGGGUUUGACGGGCAAGGAUGUAUCUUAGCUGACGACAUGGGUCUCGGCAAGACUCUUCAGAGUAUCGCGUUGAUGUAUACGCUGUUUAAGACAGGCAUGAGUAUGCAACCAACGGUAAAUCGAGCGAUUGUGGUCUGUCCAACGUCAUUAGUAAAGAAUUGGGAUGAUGAGAUUAUUAAGUGGCUGCACGGGCGUGUGAAGACAGUGGCUUUGUUUGAAGCAAAACGUGAGACAGUGAUUAAAGGGAUUAGCCAGUUUAUUGAGGGAAGCAAGAGACCACGACCCGGAUUUUCUGCACAGGUGCUGAUCAUAUCGUACGAGACCUUUCGUAUGCACGCUCAAAAGUUUGCCGAUACACCAGCUUGCUGCGAACUGCUGAUAUGUGAUGAAGCACAUCGACUGAAGAAUGCCAACUCACAGAUUAACAAAGCGUUAUCUUCGUUGGCAUGUCGCAAGCGCGUACUUUUGUCUGGCACACCGAUGCAAAAUGAUCUGGAGGAGUUUUUUGCGAUGGUGGAUUUUACGAACCCGAACAUACUCGGUACGCCAAGCGAGUUUCGUAAAAAGUAUUUGGGGCCGAUAUUGAUUGGGAGAGAACCGGACUCUACGGAUCGUGAGCGAGAUGUGGCGCAGUCAUGCUCGGCGGUGCUUUGUGAAAUUGUAAAUCAGUUUAUUUUGCGUCGAGGCAACAUCCUUAACGCAAAACAUCUACCGCCAAAGUUAAUGCAGGUGAUUUGCUGCCCACUGUCCCGUUUACAGGAACAGCUUUACAUGCAUUUUCUGUCUUCCAGCGCCUGUCGUGAUAUGAUGAAACAUAAGAGUGUCAACGUCCUGUCGUCUAUUACCGCAUUGAAAAAGUUGUGCAACCACCCUCUGCUCAUUUUCGAUGAAACGGGAAAAGCCAACACUAAACUUCCUGGAUUUAGUAACUGCGCGCAAUACUUCGCAGGGGCAAAGGAAUGCAGAAACAAUGGAGGCGAUGAUGGUCGACACCGACGAGGAAGCUUUGGUGGACGCACGUGCUAUCCAGAAUGGUCUGGAAAGAUGCUGUUACUCGAUCGUUUAAUGAUUUCUAUGAGGAAGACGACAACAGACCGUAUCGUGAUCGUGUCCAACUACACGCAGACUUUGGAUGUUGUAACGACUCUAUGCCAGGAACGACAUCUGCCGUUUGUUCGUCUGGAUGGAACUACGUCUGCCAAGAAACGCAAGAAUCUCGUCGACACCUUUAAUGAUCCGACAACGAACUCGUUUGCCUUCCUACUGUCAAGUAAAGCUGGCGGGUGUGGUUUGAAUUUGAUUGGUGCGAACCGGUUGGUACUGUUCGACCCUGAUUGGAAUCCUGCGACCGACAAACAAGCCGCUGCUCGUGUGUGGCGUGAGGGGCAAAAAAAGAUGUGCUAUGUGUACCGCUUUCUUGCGACAGGGACGCUUGAAGAGAAGAUUUUCCAACGGCAGCUGUCUAAAGAAGGUCUUCAGAAUAUUGUUGACGAUAAAGAGGAGGUCAACUCGUUGUCUUCGAAAGAUUUAAAACGGCUAUUUGUGUUCCGGAAGGGCACCAUGUCGGAUACUCAUGAUCAGCUAAAAUGCGAUCGUUGCCAGUGGCGAGAUGAUGGCAAUGAUGGUAUUGACACUUCUUCUGUAAUUGCGAUUGAUGAUGAUAGUGGAAGCGGAAAGGAGACAAUAAGCGAUGUUUUACCGAUAAGAGACACAACAAGCGAUGAGGGAACUACCGAUGACACGGUCAAGGACUAUCAUCCGCAAAUUGGCAUGCCAACGGAAGAGAAUCUGAAUAGUUGGGGUCACCAUCGUUCCUACGCUUCUGUCGAUGACGAAGUAAUGCAAGCAGCUCUCCAGCAGGCGAAAGCUGACUUAGUGAGUUUUGCAUUCAGUUGCCGCAUUGAUUGGGAGUUGCUUCGGGAGCAUCAAGCUGAAAAUGAAGAAAAGGAAAUUCAGCGUGAUGAGGAGCGCAAACGUAAACGUCUGGAAAUUAUUGAAGCCACAAAUACACAGCAUGCUACGGACGGCAGGAAACCCAAACGCUCUACACGGAAGAAAACACCGGUUAUGGAUGAAUCGGAGGAUGAUUGUUCAAGUCAGAGCGAUGAAGGUGAUGAAGGUAGCGAAGAUCUUGAUGAGAGUGAAUCAGAAAGCGACGGUGACGCGUCUCAGGUUGACGCGGGUUCCUGGUCACCGAAGAAGCUGAAGGCGAGUGAGUUUUCGGAUUCGGAUGACGAAGAUGCCUUUGUUGAGACUAUCCUGAGUGACGAGCGCCCAGUGAGGGAUCAAGCCGUCGAUACAAAGGAAAAACAUAAAGAGAACGAGGCUCAGUCUGCGUGGAGCUGUUCACGAUGCACGCUAAUCAACCCGGCAACUAGUCUCAACUGUUCAAGUUGUGGUUUUCGAUAUCGACGAUCUCGUCCUCAAAUUAUUGACUUGGGAGACGAUGACUUUGACUGGUAG